CUUACGUCAAGACGGAAGGAAAGAAGGGGCCAGGCUGACGACAUGCGACGAGGGCUGAAGAAGUCGUCGUCGUCGUACCUGGGCUUACCUUACUGGACGACUACCUUUCUUACCCCAUGAAGGCUGGACAAGUACGACGCACGGCAGGAACUACCUUACAUGACGAUAGGCAGAAUCGUGACAAGCGGAGGCAGGAACGGAACACUGCAGCAACCCAGUUCGGGAGUGGAGACCAAGGUACCAGGGAAAGAGUGGAUCGUGAGCCGAGGGUCACUGCCUCCGUUCUUUCACAACGACACCCGACCUCAUUGACGCGCACCCGCCGGCCCCAUCUGUCAAACCAUCGCGGCUAAUCAGGGAGCCUGCAAAGUACCAGAUAAGGUACCUUGCCUGGGUCUGUAAGGUACAGACACAUGUACUCCGUA